AUGACUUCUGCAUCUGGCGUGCGAGUCCAAACUGUUGCACGAAUGAUUUCAGUUAGUGCUAACCGCUACAAGCAACAGACAGCCUCCUCUAAAUUGGCCCAUGCCCAAGGGGCAGGGUUAAGCUCUUCCAUAUUACCAGAACUGGCCGCAGUUGCCUGCAAUGCAGCAGAAAACAAAGGAAUUUUUGUCCUAGGAUUGCCAUAUGCUCUUCUCCACAGUGGUUACAGUGGCCUGUUUCUUAUUAUCCUGACUGCAAUGUUCUGCUGUUAUACUGGCAAAAUUCUAAUCACCUGCCUGUAUGAAGAAAAUGAAGAUGGGCAGCUAGUAAGAGUGAGAGACACAUAUGAAGACAUUGCUAAUGCCUGCUGCAAAAAGCUGUUUCCCAGACUAGGUGGCAUAGUUGUCAGUGUAACCCAGGUGAUGGAACUGAUCAUGACAUGCAUUUUGUAUCUGGUUGUUAGUGGGAACUUGCUGUCACAUAGUUUUCCACAUGUACCAAUGACUGAGAAAACUUGGUCUGUAAUUGCAUUUGUAACAUUGCUGCCUUGUGUAUUUAUCAAAACUCUCAAAAUCAUUUCUAAGCUUAGCCAGCUUUGCUCCUUAGUCCAUUUCAUUAUCAUUUUUGUCGUGAUGACUUACUGUCUGACACAAAUACACCGGUGGUCCUGGACAAGAUUUAGAUUCUCCAUUGAGUUUGAGAAUUUCCUGGUCUCAGUUGGGGUGAUCAUUUUCAGUUAUACUUCACAAAUAUUUCUCCCCACCCUUGAAGGGAACAUGAAAAACCCAGGGGAAUUUAACUGCAUGUUAAAUUGGACUCACUUUUUUGCUUGUGUCUUCAAAACAGCCUUUGCAGUGACUGCAUUUCUUACUUGGGGUGAAGAGACAAAGGAAGUUGUUACUGACAACCUGCCAUCAUUCUUGCAAACCCUAGUGAAUUUGUGCCUCUUAGCCAAGGCUCUCCUCUCUUACCCAUUGCCCUUUUUUGCAGCCGCAGAAAUAGUGAAUGCAUGUAUAUCUAAAGGCAAUCAUUUUGGUAACUGUGCUCCCCUAUUUGGUCUAGUUUUAAGAGGCUCACUUCUUUUCUUAACUCUGCUGAUGGCCAUGUGCAUACCACAUUUUGCCCUGUUGAUGGGUUUAACAGGGAGUAUAACAGGGGCUGCAAUGACUUUUCUCCUUCCUUCUCUUUUUCACUUAAAACUUAAAUGGGAAAAGUUAGUGCUCCUGGAAAAAUGUGCCGACAUUUCUGUUUUUAUUUUGGGCUUCCUUUGCAGCCUGGCAGGUCUAGUUUGCUCAAUAAAGGGGUUGCUUGAAGCAUUUGGAGGCAGCUAAAAAAGUUGUCUUAAUACCAGGUAAAGCCUUCACCCUACAAAUGCUUAUACUUAGUAAGUGAGUAACUGUACUCAAAGGGUGUGUCCCCUUGAGUGGAUACUUCCAUUUUGCAGUGCUACAGACCUGUCUGUGGCACUGCAGACUGCACACACUAUGCAUGCAGAUGUUUGUUGCACUGCUACUUUGCAGCAUGGCAGAUUUUUUGACAUGGAGAGAUCCCAAUGUCAAAAACACCCAUGCCAAUAAAAAUGAGGUGGCACACAUGGCAGCAGUGUAUACCACCUGACCUAGCCAGCCAAGCGCACUCCAGCUGCCAGCUAAGCUUCAGGCACCUGGAUCACCACUGCUGGUGCUCUUGGGGGCCCCCACAACCAUAGCUAAGGCUGCUGGGGCCAGCUCAGAUGCUGGACGCAGCCUCCCCUACCUCACGCGGGGCAACUUGCCAUGCACCAGAGCAUGCAUGCAGGGGCAGUCCCCAAGGACAACUAGCAGUGGCACAAAUAUGUGCCACUGGUAACUGUCCUUGGGAAUGUAGAGUCCCACUCGUGGGGAUACACUCAAAGGGGCUACUCCUGUGACUACAAAUUAAACAUAUACUCAAGUGUUUGCAGGAUCAGGGCCUUGCUGGCAUAUUUGAAGAGCAACCUGCAAAACCUAAAUGGAAACAGAGUUAGCUCCCCAGAUAUAUGAAAAAUAUUCUCUAUUAAUCAAGUUUGGGACAGAAAUUAAUACAAUGUAGAAAUAAGUACAAAUUAACUCUUCACAGCAUGGGAAGAGUAUUAGAAUGUGGCCUAAAAUAGCACAAUUACAUAUGAA